AUGACUGUCAGCUACUCCCUCUCGGCAGCGACCGCCAGUGGUAAAUCAAAAGGGUCAUUACUGACCAAAAAACUUCGUUUCAGCUUGGGCUUGGGUGGCAAUCUUGUGUCGGUGGAAGGGGAGUAUCUGGAAGCUCAUUUGGAUAGAAGCGAUCGCCUGGACAGUGCUGACCGCAUUCCUCUACGUGCUGUACGUGCACGUCUUCAUGGGGACCGACUUCGAACAGACCUACAAGAAUCUGGUGGACAUCACGAAGGACGUGCCAACCGACGGAACUCUCAUGUUCCUCCUCUCCUACAUGACCUACAAUAGUCUGAAUCGGUGGUCCGACACUUUCAAAUGUCUCGCGUGGCCGGAGAAUGUUGCGCUUUGCUUCAAACAAUAUUUCAAUCCCAAAUCGGUCAGAUAAAUAUUGAGUCCCCAAUAAAAUUUUAAAUUUAGGUGACAAAACACGAAGAAAAGUGCUACUACCGAACAGUCGCCAGAUAUCUGACAGUCUGCUACAUACUCAUUUUUAGAGAUGUUUCUGCCGAAGUUCGGGAAAUGUUCGAGACCAUCGAACAUCUGGUUGUGCACGGAAUCCUGACCGCAGAAGAAGCGCAAUUGCUACAAAGCAGCAGAUUAGAGAAACAUUCUUGUCAUUACUGGAUUCCGAUAAAUUGGAUUGUGGUUAUUGUUCGGAACAAAUACAAACCAGAGUAAGAAAUGAAUCGAAACAGGAAGUUUAUUAUUUUUUUCUAGAUUGUCAGCGGACGGGAAAGGACGGAAGAACCGACAAUCGAAGGAAAGUAUCAUGACGGAAAUUCAGUACAUGAAGUUCAUAACUGAAGUGAGGGAGUAGCUGAAGACUUCUGAAAAUUUCAGCAUGUUUGCAGAUCAACAGACUCCGAGCCCGUGUUGGGGACGUACUUGCGUACGAUUGGGUCCCUCUCCCGCUCGCCCUUUUCCAAUGCCUCACCAUUUUCGUUUACGGCACAAUGAUUGUGAACUGUUUUCAAAUGCAGGCGCGCAUUGUGUUAGUUCCAUCUCUUUUCAGAACAUUUCAUAUUAUGCGUUUCAGAAUGAGUGAGAAGUCGGGAAUAUCCGAUUUGUUUGUGGAGAGUAUGAGCACGCUUCCAAUCAACAUGCUCUACUUGGGAUUCCUACGUAUCAGCCAAGUCAUCAUCAAUCCGUUCGGAAAAGAUGACGAUGACUUUGAAGUGCGCUCAACUGUACCUUUUUCACGUCAUAUCUGCAUUUAGGCCCUGUACCUGAUCGACAGACACAUCACAGUGCUUAAUGAAAUCUUGAGCACGGAGGAUGAUGAGAAGGACAAAGAGAAAGAUGACAAGAAGAAGAAGGAGAAAAAGGAAAAUGAGGAGAAAAAGACGGAGCUGAAAACGCAAUCUAAGUAA